UUUUACAUAAGCAACUAAAAUACAAAAAUAAUUUCAAUUUCAAUUCUUAUUAUUUCCAUUUACGAAGAACAACCCUUAUUUGAUCUCAAUAUACACAACAACAACAACAACAACAACAAAAAUGUUUACUGAUUCGGUACCCCAAGAAUCCCAAGAUUUCCAAGGAUCACAAGAAUGCCUAGAAUCCCAAGAUACACAUACCCAGCGGCUCACGCACAUGCGUCAAGCGCUCAACAUGGCCCAGGAGGCGCUCCAAAACAACGAAGUCCCAGUCGGCUGCGUUUUCAUCCACCACCCGACCAACAAGCAAGUUGGCCAAGGCCGCAACGAAACCAACCUAUCCAAAAACGGUACCCGACAUGCCGAAAUAGUCGCCAUUGACCUCAUGAUCCACCACCUCAAAUACACCCGAGAACAAUUCGCCGAAACCGAUUUGUAUGUUACUGUGGAGCCAUGUAUUAUGUGUGCGGCGGCUUUGAGAUUGGUUGGGAUUGGGAGGGUGUUUUUUGGUUGUGGGAAUGAGAGGUUUGGAGGGUGUGGGUCGGUUUUAGGCGUGCAUCAGGGGGUAGUUGAUGGGAGGGAGUAUGUGGCGGAGGGUGGGUUUUUGAAGGACGAGGCGGUAUUGUUGUUGAGACAGUUUUAUAUUAAGGAGAAUACAGAGGCGCCGCAGCCGAGGAAAAAGGCUAAUAGGGUUUUGAAGACUGGGGAUUUAAACGUCGAGGACAAGUAAAACAAACAAACGUACAUACAUACAAAUAUAGAGUAAUAAUAUGGUGUUAAUUUUUGUUGCGUAAUUUUGGAUUUUGGAUUUAGGGUUGUUGGGUUAUUGGAGUUAUUGGAGUUAUGAUAAAUAGAAAUAGAAAUA